UCUUAAAGUUUUUAAAUCAAAACAAUAACCUUGAAUUUCUGCGGCUCUGACGCACUGCUGCUGCCGGACGUCAUCGGAAUGCAUUCUAUUCGACACGUCACAGUACUAGACGCUGCAAACCUCUACUGAAACUCGUGACUUGUUGUCUUCAGUCUACAGCUGUUGAUUAGAGUGCAGUUUCAUAGUCUGUUAGUGUGCAGUUUUAUAGUCUACAGCUAUUGAUUAGUGUGCAAUUUUAUAUCUGUUUGGGUCUGUUUUUGAACAGUUGAAUUGCACAUUACAGCUGUGUACGGUUUCAGAUCAUAAAAUUUGACCUGUCGGAUUUUGGAUCAACGUACUAUUUUCCAUCAUGACUAGCAAAACAUUUCGCACGCUCAGGCCCCUGGAACGUAAGAGUGGUUCGGACAUGCCUACACUGCAACCUCAACCACCAUGUAAACUGCGGCCUCAACCACCGUCUAAACUGCGACCUCAACCACCGUCUGCAGUGCGACCUCAGCCACUUCCUAGACUGAGACAACGACCAGCGCCUCAACAACACCCAGAAGAAAUUGAGAUGAAGAGGGAGAUCACUCGCAGUUUCCGUAACACAAUUGUGCUGAGAGAAAGGUCCCGGAUGUCCAGCCGAGGGCAGUGUGUCAAGCUCCCUCCUAUCCCCGGCUCUUCCCGAGAUGACAGCUCAAACCUCAGCCAGAGCUUUGAGAGAGCCGAAAGAGUCCAAGACAACCUCAUUAAGAGCAAGGUGGAUGAGCUGUCGAAGAUGGAGCGGCGGUCAGAGCUGUCACGCACUUCUCAUCAGCAGAGCAUGGACAGUCUGUUAAAGCGUCAUGUGCUUCGGCUGGAAAAACAAGCACUCGACUUCAACAACAAACUCGAAGAACUUCGCUCAGAGUAUGAUACUGAAAGGGAGCGGAUUCAUUCACAGAGCGAGCAGGAGAGUGCGUAUUUGAAGGAUGUAACGUUUUUCAUGGAAAAGCACAACGCUAAGAUUUUACCCUGAGGCGAGACGUGACUACGAGAACAGUUGCAAACAAAUCAGAAAAAAGGUACUGGUUUUAUUAUGUUUAUAUUUAUUCAUUUGGCAGAUGCUGUUAUCCAAAAUGACUUAGUAAUGAGGAACAUCA